UUAAGACACAAAGGGGUCCGAGCGUGACUGUCAAAUCUACAUAUUCUCUGUUUUCUCUCUCUUUCUUUCUCUCUCUUUCUCUGAAUUCAGAGGACACAGCCCCUUUGCUCCGCAGAUUCGAUUCAAUCGCCGAUCUUUAUUAUUCACUGCUCCUCGGGAAUCUCUCGUCUCUCCUUUCAAUCCUCUGUCUCUUCUCCCUCAAUAUAAUGCUUCAGAUUUUCAAGGGCUGGUUCUGACUCGAUCAAGCUUUUGACUCCAACAAAAAAUAAAUAAAAAAAAACAUGGAAGGAGACACAUUCUCUGGUCUCGGCAACGGUACACAGAUUGAUAACAAGAUCUUGCAAACGUUUAAGAAAAGUUUUGUUCAAGUCCAGGACAUCUUGGAUCAGAACCGGGUACUCAUCAAUGAGAUAAACCAGAAUCACGAGUCCAAGGUCCCUGACAAUCUCAGCAGAAACGUUGGCCUUAUCAGGGAGCUUAACAACAACAUCAGAAGAGUGGUUGACCUUUAUGCGGAUCUUUCAAGCUCCUUUACCAAAUCCAUGGAGGUUUCUUCCGAAGGGGAUUCCAGUGGUGCUGUGAAAUCUGACGUGCGAAAUGGGCAGUAUUGGGUGAGAAAUUAAAAUUAUUCCAGUGUUGAUUGUGUAUGAGGUUAAAAGAAAGCAGUAGUGUCCUGAGUGUAAACAGUGACCCCAAGAAGAUGACAAGGGACCCAAAGGUUCUCUUUUGGGAUGGAACUGAACUUCUCCAUGCUUAUCCCUUCCUACACAGGUUCGUUCCUUUUAACUUUCCAAUUUCCCCCUUAACUUUUUAUUCUCUUAUAGAUGUCCUGUAUCACAUCCUUCUCUACUUCGUAUUUGAUACUUCUCUCUCCCUGAUUGCGCACAAGUCUUUAUUGGUGGACCCAUUUUGUGGCAGACUAAUAUCCUGAUCUCAGAAGAGAAGGCCCACUUUAGUGAUUGCUGACGAUGGGUAGCUUCUGGUUUAGAUUUUGCAUUUUGAUGGAGUGGACCUUUUCUUCCUUCCUGGGUAGAUUCAUUCAUUCAUUCAUACAUUUGUCAAUACUAUCCUACCUAUAAUUCUUAGACCAUCACCUCACUGCAAAAUAGAAUGAUGAAAUAACAAGUAUGUAUAUGUUUGAGGAAAUGUGAUAUAAAUAAAAUGGAGUUUGGUAGCUAA